AGGGGAGUUAGUCGAGUGUUUCUUCUUCUUCUUCUUCUUCCCCUCAUCGUUCUUUUUAUCCUACUUCUCUUCACCCGCGCAAUAACUCAGGAUUUUGCCAUCCCUCUCUCGCUGUGCCCCUCGACCAUACCUCAACAUAUGUACCCAACAACAAGUCUUUCAGAUGAGCCAAGACGCUGAGACACCGGCAUUCCACGCACGCUAGACGGGUGGCGAGUAAAAUCCUCAACAGCCCCCAUGCAAAGUGGAUGACUCAGCCACCCGGAUGAUCGACAAAGACUGAGUGACCCUGAAUCUUUGAGGAAAUGGCUCUGGCGGAACUUGGAAAGAUUGCCGGGUCACAGUCACUGGUGGGCGUGUGCGGAGGUGGGUUCGCUAUUAACUAUUUCCACACCAUCGCUGCAUCGUUUUCUUAAAUUGUAGUUUUCACGGCUCCGAGCUGAGAUGGCGCCGAGCUUCAGGAGUAGUGCGGGAAGGACAGUGACUUGGAUGUGCGAAUGGCAGGGCAGUGAGCCUGUAAGUCAUCAGUCCUUAUCUGCAUGAGGGAAAUAAGUGAGGAGGAAGGACAAGACUGAUGAUAUACUGGGCUAAGGAAGACGGCGGAAUGCGGACUCGUACAUCUCAUCGAAAUGAUAAAGGAGAUGAUGGUGAUGAAGGUGAUGGUGCGAUAUAAGUAAAGAGCAAGAUUCUGUCACUUGAGGAUGUUGCAAGUGUGAAGAAGCCUAAGAAAGAUACGGAGCGGUACAAAAAGAAAGAGAGAGAGAGAGAGAGUAGACGGGAGCUUGCCUCAACCCAACAUUCUCAAGAAGUUUGUAUUAAGGUGAGUGUGGGUGCAGCAACUGGGGCUGAGGGGAGGGAGCGGAGGAGCAGAGGGGGCGCGAAAGCUCAAAAUAGGUGUGGGUGAGGCAGCACGUGGCACGGGGCACCCGUGCCAACCACCGGCCGCCGCUACCUCCAGUGCCGCCACCACCGCGCGAGGAACAAGUGGCUCCUACUCGCACGUGAGGCACUUUGGGUUUAGUGCAUCGGUGUGCUGUGCUAUAUGUACCAAGACGCUGAAGAACACCCCUUCACCAUCUCGUGUCCGCGGCAGGCAUGGGCGAGGCCGGCGUAGUGUACACCAGCGUGGAGGGUCCUGCGGCGCCUUCGUCUCCGCCCCGCGGCGAGACGCCCUGGCCUCCCUCCCCUGCGGGCCCCCACGACUCUCUCACACUCCUCGCUGAUAUCGCUCUGGUGUGUGCGGACAAGCCAUGGCUCGCCGCCCUGCGCCCGGAGGACCUCCCCAACCAUUACACCACACCGCCACCACCGCCGCCGCAGCAUCUGCCGCCACCUCCCACUACGCCGCUCCCGCCCAACAGGGAGAGCCCCACGCCGGUGCUGGAGCUUGACGCCAACACCACCAUCAUCACCGCAGUACACGACCAUGACCUGCCUCUCAACCUGAGCACCACUCCGCCCCGCACUCCUGAGAACUCUCCUGCUACCCCCACGCCGCCCGCCACGCCUUCGCCUCCUUCAGUGAGGGACGCCCAUGUCUGUCCAGAGUGCGGCAGGACGUACUCCACCUCGUCUAACCUCGCCAGACACAGGCAGACGCAUCGUUCCCCGGACGACAAGAGGGCCGCCCGAAAGUGUCCUUACUGCGAUAAGGUGUACGUGAGCACGCCCGCCUUCAGCCAACACAUGCGGACCCACAACCAAGGCUGCAAGUGUCCGACAUGUGGCAAAUGUUUCUCGCGCCCUUGGCUGCUACAGGGGCAUAUCAGGACUCACACAGGAGAGAAGCCGUUCCGGUGCAGCAUGUGUGGCAAGGCUUUCGCCGACAAGUCAAACCUUCGGGCACACGUCCAGACACACUCCAGCUUCAAGCCUUACGCUUGCACCCGCUGCGGCAAGUCUUUCGCCUUGAAGUCGUACCUAUACAAACACGAGGAGUCGUCGUCUUGCAUGAAGCUGCACCGUGCCUUGAGCCGCGGCAGCACGACGCGAUCCGCUCCACCUGAUGAAGAGGUCGCGAGUCACCAGCAGGGGUCUUCACCGCAGCCACAUGGGGAUCUGGGCGGCAGGAGUUCUCGGUCACUGCACACAGUCACCAUCCUGCGCUCCACGCCACACACCUCCUCCUUGCGUCCCCACUGAGGCUGUUACCGGCACUUGCUUCAUUCAUCAAGGCGAACUUCUCACUCCUCACCGGCGUAAGGGUGUUCCAGCUGUCAGCUGGCGCGAGGGAAGAUAUUUCAUUAUUUUUUGAGUACUUUAGAAAGGCUCCCUCCCGCCGGCGGUUAGACGGAGCCCCUCAGGCAGGUGGAGUAGUAAGGUCCUUGUGGGGUCUGUUGCCUCAGCCACUUUGUAUAAACAUAACCCGUAGCAGCUGCUUCUAGACAGACUAAGCUGUAGAGGACGACUGUCGCGGCAGUCUUGUAGAUAAUGUAGUCAGAAUGGGUCCAGUAGAGGUAAGGGGUGUGGGGAGGGAGGGGGGUGGGCGUGGGCCGGGAUGUGCAUUACCAGUGUAAACAAAGUUGGAUGGGACAUCUAGUCAUUAGUGUGCUAAGGGCUCCUCCCUCGAGCUGUAGCCUCUGGUCCAGUCAGGGUCGUGACCUGCUUCUCGAUCAAAACAAUUCCGUCUCACGAAAUCUGUCACUUCUGGCUCAGGUUUCUUGAAUCGGGUCACAAUUCCCUCGCAGUUUCGGCCACUAAUCAUGUAUAUAACGAGUGCCGCCAGACUGCUCGCUGCAGCAGGUCACGGGCGGGCCAGACCAGGUCAUGGCACACCUCAGGUCAGGACGUGGUCUGCUUGCAUAUCAGGUAUAGUUGCCAAUAUUCCUAAUCUGUAUAGCAGUAACCUGUGGGACCACGGAUUUCAUUGCUUUUCUACCCUUUAUACUACUUUUUAUAUCAUAUAUAUUAGCAUUACGUGAGAAAUAAGAUAACUAUAUUGUAUUAUAAUGCGUGAGUGUGUCUGGCGUAGCGCCUCAUGCCACUGUCGCGGGAAAGUGCAGAAGCAUUUUUAUAGUCUCUUGUUCCAUGGUGCCCUAUUAGCGUGGAAUUACCCUGAUGUCCGUUAGUCAGCUGACGGUAGUUGUGACUCACAGCUUCACACAUUCUCUGAACACAUAGAGGACACAGACAUUUGAACCAUGAUGCUGAUUAUGUAUCGUUUUCUGUUUCGAAACACCUCGCAGACAUUCUCUCUCUCUCUCUCUCUCUCAAUAUAAGGAUUUAGUCAAUCAUAUCAAUUUACUCCACCAUAUUAACUAUAUUUUCUAAUGCAUAUAUUUAUAAAUUUCUAACGUUAUUUGCUUGUCUAUACCUUUACUUAACUUCACGAGCACCUCGCUCCAACCAGCAUCACCGGCUUCGCAAAGCGCCGCGCCCUGCACAUUCACACUCCGUAGGUAGUCUUGUAUAGAGAUGGGACUCAAUACAAGUUCCUCUCUCCUUUGGUAAGAAGCUUUAAAUAUCUAUUAUAUCAUGGUUUUCUAACUCCUAAGGUAUUUUAUAUUUAUGUGUGAGUGUGAGUGAACAACAUUUACAAUAAUAAACACAGACCUUGAA